AAAAAUCCGAAAUGGCAAAAGAUAAACUAGACGCAGACGAUCGGUUCGUCUUGGGUGUCUGUCAAGAAGAGUGCGCUCUAUUCUUAUGACAUUAAAUUCAAGAUGAUUAAACUGUUUUCAUUAAAACAGCAAAAGAAAGAUGGAGAAACACCAGGAAAGGCAAAUAAUCAGAAAAGAGCUUCGGCUGCGCAAUUACGUAUUACUAAAGACAUUAAUGAAUUGAAUUUACCGAAAACUUGCCAGAUAGAAUUUCCUGACCCUGAUGACCUUCUUAAUUUCAAAUUAAUCAUCUGUCCAGAUGAAGGAUUUUAUAGAAAUGGAAGGUUUAUAUUCAGCUUUAGGGUAAGUCCUAAUUAUCCACAUGAACCUCCAAAAGUGAAGUGUGAGACAACAGUUUAUCAUCCAAAUAUUGAUCUUGAAGGAAAUGUCUGUCUAAAUAUCUUGAGGGAAGACUGGAAACCAGUUCUGACAAUUAAUUCAAUAGUGUAUGGAUUGCAAUACUUAUUUUUGGAACCCAAUCCAGAAGACCCACUGAACAAAGAGGCAGCUGAAGUGCUCCAAAAUAACAGACGCUUGUUUGAACAAAAUGUGAAAAAAGCCAUGAUGGGAGGUUAUGUUGGUCUUACAUAUUUUGAUCGAUGUCUAAAGUAAUGGAAUUAGAUAUUAUAUUUUCUUUGGAAAUGGACAUUCUUGUGUCAAAAAUUGUACAAUGACUGUUCAAAUUUUCAUGAAAGUUUGACAUCGGGAUAUGCUCUUCCAUAUAAUUUGAAUUGCCUACCAUUAGAUGCAAGCUGAGGAAAACACUGCUUGUAUUUAUAGGCCUUUAUGUCAACAUGGAGUUCUUUCAUCUUAUCAGUAUGAGAUUGCAUGGUAUCACAGCUGCUACUGACAAAUAUACAGUACUGACUUAUAACCUAUUUCCUUGCUCACAUUUAAAAAUACCCAUUUGUGUACUGUCCACCAUUUCUGACAGAAUUUUCACUUUGCACCAUUGUGGCCAUCCAAAUAAGCAUUAUGUUGAUUAAUUUGAUUUAUUUAAAGAAAAAA